AUGUCAGCGCUGAGGGGGACGCCCCGGUACCGUCUCACCGAGACGCUGCUGGCAGCCGAGCGGCGCUAUCUCACCUCAGUGAGAGCCGUGGAGCAGAUCUACGGCACCCCGCUGCGAAAACUGAGCUCCAUCAGUGCCGAGGAACACCGGCAGCUCUUCACCGGUAUACAGCCAGUCUGCUCCGUCAGCGCCAUGCUCGUCAACAAGCUCGAGUGCGCCCUGGCAGCCUGGGAUAAGGAGGAAACUAGAGUCGGUGGUCUGUUUUCCAAACAGCUCUUGACUCAGUAUGAAGACUACAAGGAGUUCUACUCUCGAGCCAGAGAGCUUCUCCGUGAGAAGCAGACAACGGACGAGGAGUUUGUUGAGUUCUGCAAGCUGCGGAGAGGCGCCGCCAAACACACACUCGAUACUCUGCUCAGCUUACCGGUGCAGCGACUGGCCCAGUAUGAGCGCUACUUCCAGGACCUGCUGUCGGAGACGCCGCCCGAUCACCCGGACGUGGACGACCUCACGCGGGUCAGAGGGAAGGUUAAACAGUUGGUCGCGUCGCCCGGAGGGGACCUCUCAGAGCUAGACCGCAUCCAAGAUCUGUUCCCCAGCGACAGCCUGGGACUGCACGGCAAGGAUCCGUCCUACCCGCGCAUGAAAACGUUGAUGCGGAAGCGUUCCGCACCUGCUACCCGACUUCAGAGAGCUCUGUCGGCCAAGUCGCUGAGGCCGGCAUCGUCUGAGCGCGCAGCGGAGGAUAGCAGCGGAGGAGGUGGCGACACGAUGCCCCCGCCGGCCGCCGACACCCCCGAUGGUCCGCCCGUGAAACGCCAGUUCGUCAUGGAGACGCCCGUCCAGUUCACCGUGGGUCUCCAGUCGCAGGACCGGCACCUGUUCCUCUUCACCGACAUGCUGCUGGUGGCCAAGGCGCGCUCCGGCGGCAACUUCAAGCUGAAGGAGAAGGUGCGCCUGUCGGAGAUGUGGCUGGCCGGCUGUUUGGACGAGGUCACUGAGGUCACGAAAGACCCGGCCACCUCGUUCGUCAUGGGAUGGCCCACUACCAAUGUGGUGGCCACGUUCAGCUGUCCGUCGACUCGUGACCUCUGGUACAACAAACUGCACCAGAUGAUCACUGACGAGCGUCAGCACGAGGCAAAGGCCACCACCAUCCAGGUGGUCUACUAUGACCAGGUCAACAACAUCGACUUUUGUAAAACUCUGAGCGUGGGCUCGUCGCUACCGGCGCGCGACUGUGUGCGGUACGCGCUCACCAACCUGGAGAUGUCGGGCGCCAGUCCGGCCGACUACCGACUCUGGGUGCGCACCGGAAUGGAGGACUCGCCGUACCCGCUCAUCGGUCACGAGCUGCCGUUCGCCAUCAAGAUGAACUUUGUCCGAGAGUUUGUGUCGGAGGACGGCGCCGAAAUGGAUCACUGCAAUAACAUCUACAAUACGGAACCCAGCCUCAAGUGCCAGUUCAUUCUCAGACACGCCAGGAAGAACUGCCUGACACCCUCUCCGGACGCCGCCAAGAAGAAGAAGGCUCUGAAGAAGUCACCUAUCCGCAUCCAUAAGGUGUUCAGGCGCACCAACAGCAAGUCGGACAGCAUCGACAGCGCCGUGAGCGCGUGCAGCACUGGUUUGCUGUUUGGUCAACCGCUGAGUCGACUAUGCGAGAACGAGACGCUCCCCAAGCCAAUCAUGGACAUUCUUGUCCAGCUGUUCAUGAAGGGGCCCUUCACCGUGGGCAUUUUUCGCAAGUCUGCUAAUGCCCGGGUGGUGAAGGAGAUGAGAGAAAAACUCGACAGCGAAAUAGAGGUGAACAUGGAGUCAGUGAACAUCUACGUGCUGGCUGCUCUGCUGAAGGAGUUUGUCCGAUCGCUGCCGGAUGCUCUGCUCGGUUCGGACCUUUACGACGAGUGGAGGAUCGUGCCUGAGAUCGAGAACGAACAGGAGAAAAUCAACCGAGUCCGAGCGUUGUGCGGCCGACUGCCGGCGUGUCACGUCACCCUUCUCUGCCACCUGCUCUGCGUGCUCCACUACAUUGCCCGGCGCAGCCACCACAACCUCAUGUCGGCGGCCAAUGUGGCUGUCUGCGUGGGCCCCUCGCUGCUGGCGCCAUCCAAUCCGGCCCAGGUGCUCACUUCCGACAACGCCAAACUUCUGCCGAGCGUAGUCGAGUUUCUGAUCGAGCACUGCGCGCAAAUCUUUGGUGCCGACGUGCUCAACUUGUUUGGACCACCGCCGGAGCGCGAGAUGCGCACGGACAGCGGCGCAGAGGAGUCCGACAGCCUGCACAGCUCUGGUGGUGUGCGGAGAGACGACUCUUCCAUCGACAGCCUGGAGCGCGAGCUGCUGGGCGAGAACGAGCCCCUCCCGCGCAAGGACAAGAUGUCGGUGACAAAUCUGAGCCGCGACUCGGGUCUGACGCUCUCAGACACUCAGCUUUACGCCCCGGAUGACGAGGAGGCCGGUAGCACCUCGUCAGGCCACAGCGGCCAGAAGAGCGUCACCAGCGUGUACUCGAGCGGCCGGGGCUCGGACGCCGGCUACCGCCACUACCCGGCGCCGGCCAACCCCAGCGCCAUCUACGCGGCCGUGUGUCGCCGCCAGCUGGCACCGUCCCAGUCGAGCCCGGCGGCCGGCUAUGGGCGGCCGCACAGCCCCCCAGAGGGCGUAUAUGCGCGCCCGCCGGCCCGGCACACCAACACGAACUUCAAGCGGCAGGACUGGACGCGCCAGCACCACCCGCUGCGCCGCGCUGGCCGCCAGCUCGGUGAGGGACGCGCGCCGAUGCGCCGCAGUGCCUCCGAGGAGUCGCUGCUCAACAACUACAGCAAUUACGGGCGUGCCUCUCCGGCGGCGCGGAGGGUCAGUCCGCCGCCGACGCCGGCGCGAGCCAGCCUCUCCCCGCCGAUGGUGCGCUCGAAGUCGGCGCACCACAUCGUGGAGCGGCGCGACGCGGGCCCGCCGGCCUCGACGGCGCGCGACCCGCCUACCCCAUCCGACUGGCAGCGCUCGCGCUCGACGCCGCACAUUGACGAGGUGGACCGGUCGUACGACUCGUCGACUCUCUCCGACGAUGACUCGACGCCGCACGUGUCUCGCUCCAACUCUCGGAGCAAGGACUGCGCGCUGGCUAACGACCUCUGGGAGCGGACGUACGGAACUCUGGAUAAUCGUUCCGACAGUGGUUCGCACGCAUCUCGCCACAGCAGCUUCAAGUCAUCGCGCACGGGCAGCUUCAGCACGGUACGUAGCACCGGGACGGUACGCUCGCUGGAGACGGGCACGCCACCCAGCUACGAGCUAGCUGUCAGUCGUCGCCAGUGGUAUCAGAAGCCGGGCAGCGGCUCGGCAGCCAGCACACCGCCGCGACCGGCCGGCCACGCGGUACCCGAACAGCUGAUCCGCGAGCAGACCAUCCUCUCCAGCCGCGCCAAGCAGCUGUACGAGGAGAGUCUGAGGAUCUACGCGCAGCAGACGGCGGGGCCGGACAUGGUGCACGCCUCUCCCGUGUGCGCUGUUCCCGGUGAUGAGGCGCCGCCGCCCCCGCUGCCGCCCAAGACCGAAGCGCCGCCUCUGCCGCCCAAACAGAAGACCCCGCUGAAGCGGCUCAACGGUUCGGGCUCCUCGGGCAGUCGGCUAAAGCAGCUGCCGCCGGUGCAUGUCAACAUCGGCGCCGACACUCCGGCGCGGCGGGGAGGCGAGCAGCCGCCGGCGCUGCCUCCCAAGGAGCGCACCGUCAUCCAGAUUGGUGCCGAGACGCCGACGCCGGCGCGGCCGCAGCGGCCCAAACGCAAGGUCUCCAAGCGCGAGGUGGAGACCCAGACCGAGUCGGAGCUGUCUGUGGACGAGCCCUGGAUGCCGCCUCACGUCACCCUCGUCGAAAUCGACGCGCCCGUCUCGACCGUGCCGACGUCGGUGGGACCGAGCGAGCGGCGGGGCCGUAACCGGCGCCGCGACCGGCUGGCGGUGCGCUCCCGGUCCCAGGGCGACCUCGACCAGGAGCCGGAGCCGGAGACGGAGCUGGAGUGGGCGGGCGAUGAGCCGGCCGAGCUGCGCUCCGAAAUCAACUGGUCCGUGUCGCGGCUGCGGGCCAUGUUCAGUGACGCCGGUGGUGGCGGCGGCGGCGGCGGCCCGCCACCGCCGUACCGGCACCCGCCGCUGCACCGCGCCGCCGCCGGCGACGUAUACGCUGCGCUGCCGGCGCCGCGGCCCGCCGCCACCGGUCACAGACGCUCUGACUCGACGUGCAGCUCCAACUAUGGCGAGGAGUCGUAUGUGUGACGCCCGCCGCGGCCGGCCCCUCGGAGGCAGAGAAUCUAAGUCAGCGGCAUCCCGCGCCGCGCCAGUGUCCGCGCCCAUUCCUGUGCUACCUCAGAGAGCGGCCCGUCCGGCCGCAUUGUGUACAUAGCUGUCAGUGGGUUUGUGAAGCAUGUGUGCAGGUGCGUGUGUGUUUGUGUGUGUAUCAAUACUCUGCCCAUUUCCAUAUGUGGUGCUCAAAGCGCGGUGCGGCGCAUGGAAGAUGAUCCCGCCGAUAGCGCACGAGAUCGACAGUAUUUUGUAGCGGCACAGCUGAAACUACGAGCUGUGCCGACAUUGCGCCUACACCGAGCAAGAGAGCAAUAUAUCUAGACCGUGAGGCGUGACGGAUGAUAUGCGACAAACGCAUCAUGUAGUGUAAGUCUGUCUUUUGCGCAGACGAGCUGAAUUCUAUUUCUUGACGUGUUAAUGUUAUUGUAGAAUAAUGUGUUUCCAUGUGUAUGUACUGUGUAAUGUCACAAGGUUAAAAUACAGAAUGACCAUGAUG